CUGUAGUAGUACUGUAGACUCAGCUAAGACAAGAGGCCUCCUCCUCCUCCUCCUCCUCCUCCUCCUCCUCCUCUGUAGUAGUACUGUAGACUCAGCUAAGAUAAGAGGCCUUCUCCUGAUGUUGCAGUAGUUCUAGUGCCCUUUUCACACUGUUUUACUGAUCUGAACUGUGCUGGAAUGGUCCAUUUCAGCAGGGUACCAGCAACUAUGGUGUAUGGGUAACCAGGCCAGCUCAGUAGAGCUCGGUGUGGCUCAGUAGUAUGGUGUAUGGGUAACCAGGCCAGCUCAGUAGAGCUCGGUGUGGCUCAGUAGUAUGGUGUAUGGGUAACCAGGCCAGCUCAGUAGAGCUCGGUGUGGCUCAGUAGUAUGGUGUAUGGGUAACCAGGCCAGCUCAGUAGAGCUCGGUGUGGCUCAGUAGUAUGGUGUAUGGGUAACCAGGCCAGCUCAGUAGAGCUCGGUGUGGCUCAGUAGUAUGGUGUAUGGGUAACCAGGCCAGCUCAGUAGAGCUCGGUGUGGCUCAGUAGUAUGUAAAGUCCAUAUUCGUGCUCUUUCUCCAGCCACUGCAUAUCCCACCUUAGACUCUGGAGAGUUGAGAUAUUAGAUCACAGGACAGGUGAUCAUGAUGGAUGGAUGAGAUCUGGCCAGCCACAGGAGCCUCUUUUCAAGCUAAAUUAGAAGUCUUAAAGAAUGUUCCUGUGCUAAGUCAGGCAGCAGAGUAAUAGUGCUGUAGCACUAUUCUGUCCUUCUGUCCCAUUGUGGAUCAUUCUGUCCUUCUUUCCCAUUGUGGAUCAUUCUGUCCUUCUUUCCCAUUGUGGAUCAUUCUGUCCUUCUGUCCCAUUGUGGAUCAUUCUGUCAUUCUAUCCCGUUGUGGAUCAUUCUGUCAUUCUGUCCCGUUGUGGAUCAUUCUGUUUUUCUCUCCCAUUGUGGAUCAUUCUGUUCUUCUUUCCCAUUGUGGAUCAUUAUUUCCUUCUUUCCCAUUGUGGAUCAUUCUGUUCUUCUCUCCCAUUGUGGGUCACUCUGUCCCAUUGUGGAUCAUUCUGUCCUUCUGUCCCAUUGUGGAUCAUUCUGUCAUUCUGUCCCAUUGUGGAUCAUUCUGUCAUUAUGUCCCGUUGUGGAUCAUUAUGUCCUUCUCUCCCAUUGUGGAUCAUUCUGUCAUUCUGUCCCGUUGUGGAUCAUUCUGUUUUUCUCUCCCAUUGUGGAUCAUUCUGUCCUUCUCUCCCAUUGUGGAUCAUUCUGUUCUUCUUUCCCAUUGUGGAUCAUUCUGUCCUUCUCUCCCAUUGUGGAUCAUUCUGUCCUUCUCUCCCAUUGUGGAUCAUUCUGUCCUUCUUUCCCAUUGUUGAUCAUUCUGUCAUUCUGUCCCGUUGUGGAUCAUUCUGUCCUUCUCUCCCAUUGUGGAUCAUUCUGUCCUUCUUUCCCAUUGUGGAUCAUUCUGUCAUUCUGUCCCAUUGUGGAUCAUUCUGUCCUUAUUUCCCAUUGUGGAUCAUUCUGUCAUUCUUUCCCAUUGUGGAUCAUUCUGUCAUUCUUUCCCAUUGUGGAUCAUUCUGUUCUUUCCCAUUGUGGAUCAUUAUUUCCUUCUUUCCCAUUGUGGAUCAUUCUGUUCUUUCCCAUUGUGGAUCAUUCUGUUCUUUCCCAUUGUGGAUCAUUAUUUCCUUCUUUCCCAUUGUGGAUCAUUCUGUUCUUUCCCAUUGUGGAUCAUUCUCUUCUUUCCCAUUGUGGAUCAUUCUGUUCUUUCCCAUUGUGGAUCAUUCUGUUCUUUCCCAUUGUGGAUCAUUAUUUCCUUCUUUCCCAUUGUGGAUCAUUCUGUUCUUUCCCAUUGUGGAUCAUUCUGUCAUUCUUUCCCAUUGUGGAUCAUUCUGUUCUUUCCCAUUGUGGAUCAUUAUUUCCUUCUUUCCCAUUGUGGAUCAUUCUGUUCUUUCCCAUUGUGGAUCAUUCUCUUCUUUCCCAUUGUGGAUCAUUAUUUCCUUCUUUCCCAUUGUGGAUCAUUCUGUUCUUCUCUCCCAUUGUGGGUCAUUCUGUCCCAUUGUGGAUCAUUCUGUUCUUCUCUCCCAUUGUGGGUCAUUCUGUCCCAUUGUGGAUCAUUCUGUCAUUCUGUCCCAUUGUGGAUCAUUCUGUCAUUAUGUCCCGUUGUGGAUCAUUAUGUCCUUCUCUCCCAUUGUGGAUCAUUAUUUCCUUCUCUCCCAUUGUGGAUCAUUCUGUCAUUCUUUCCCAUUGUGGAUCAUUCUGUCAUUCUCUCCCAUUGUGGAUCAUUCUGUCAUUCUCUCCCAUUGUGGAUCGUUCUUGGUGGUGAAUUAUCAAAAAAAAUCAAAUGUGACAUCCUGAAACCCCUCUGUCAAUGUCCUCCUGUCACUAACCAACACCAUCCUUGGUGUGUCUGUUCUCUGUCGUCAACCUCUACAGGGUCACUACACCCGCGCCCAAGCCAACAGCCCCAGACCAGUCAUGAACUCCUCUGGUGGGGCGGUGAAGCAGGGGUCAGGGGUCACCACCCAGCAGCAGCAGGGUCAAGGUCAGGGCGGGUCCCAGAGCCAGCAAGCCCCAGCGCAGCACUCCCCUUGCCAGGGACAGACACAGCAGCAACGUGGCCCUCGCUUCUCCAGGAGGAAGGGAUCUGACAGCAGUGUCCCUGAUGAUGACACCAAGGGCAAAGAAGACAAACUGGACAGCAACGAGAGAGCAAGGAGUGGAGGUGAGGUUGAUGAUGAUGAUGGGAGGUGAGGAAGAGGAGGAGGAGGAUAAAGGGAGAGGUGAGGAGGAGGAUAAAGGGAGAGGUGAGGAGGAGGAGGAUAAAGGAGAGGUGAGAAGGAGGAGGAUAAAGGGAGAGGUGAGGAGGAGGAGGAUAAAGGGAGAGGUGAGGUGGGGAGAGGCUCAGGGGAGGUGGAGGAGGGAGGAUCACGGGGAGUGUGAGGAGGAUUAGGUCAGUGACGGGAGAUGCGGAUGGGAGGUAGGAGGCGGAGGUAAAGGGCACGGUGGGAGGGUGGGUGGGUAGCGGGGGUCGGGGGGUGGGAGGGGAGGUAAGGGCAAGUCGGGCGGAGGAGGGGGGAGGGAUACGGGGAGUGUGGAGCGAGGAGGUCAAAGGGAGAGGUGUGAGGGGCUCCGGGGGCGGGGGGAAAGGGGCUCGGGGGAGGUACGGGAGCCGGCGGUAGCAGGGCGAGGAAGGGGCGGGACGGCGGUAGCGGGAGGGGAGCGGGAUAGUGGGGGUGCGGGGCGGCUCGGGGGGUGAGGGGCAGGACUGCACCGGGCGGAGUAGGAGAGGGCGGGGCCCAGGGGUAAGGGAGGGGCGGGUAAGGGGGGGGCGGGGAGGUAAGCGAGGUGGGGUGGGGAUCGGGUGCGGGGCGGUGGGCGGGCAGGGGCACGGGUGCAGGGAGGUAGCGGGGGUAGGGGGAGGUCGGCGGGGCUCGGGCGGGUGGGGGGGGAGGAGUGCGGCGAGGUGGGAUGGGGGGGGCGGCUCGGGGGGUGGGGGGCUCGCGGAGGUGCGGGGAGGAUGGGGCGCCGGGCUGGGAGGGCGGGCUCCCGGGCGGUGCGGAGGGACGGCUCGGAGGGGGGAGGGAUGGGGCAGGGGAGGGGAGGGAGGGGAUCAAGGAGAGGUGAGGGGAGGAUAGGGAGGGAUGAGGAAAGGGAGCGUGGAGGAGGUAAAGGGAGUGGCGAGGCAUCAAGGAGUGAGGAGGAGGAGGAUAAAGGGAGGUGAGGAGGAGGGAUAAGGAGGGUGAGGAGGGAGGGAAGGUGAGAGAUGCAAAAGGGUCUACGUUGAGUCUCACCUAAGGUUUUAUUCAUGAGGAGGUCAUUAACUGUGUCCUUGACCUGGGGAAGUGAAGAAAGCUUCUGAAGCUCACCUUUCAUUCAGCAGUACUUCAAACCCCCUUUACUUCUUACACAAUUUGUUACAGUACUGCCUUAUUCUGAAAUUGAUUAAAUAGUUUUUUCCCCUCAUCAAUCUACACACAAUACCCCAUUAUGACAAAGCAAAAACUGGGUUUUAGACAUUUUGCAAAUGUAUACAAAUAUAUAUACUGAAAUAUAACAUUUACAUAAGUAUUCAGACCCUUUACUCAGUACUUUGUUGAAGCACCUUAGGCAGUGAUUACAGCCUCAAGUCUUCUUGAGUAUGACGCUACAAGCUUGGCACACCUGUAUUUGGGGAGUUUCUCCCAUUCUUCUCUGCAGAUCCUCUCAAGCUCUGUCAGGUUGGAUGGGGAGCGUUGCUGCACAGCUAUUUUCAGGUCUCUCCAGAGAUGUUCGAUCGGGUUCAAGUCCAGGCUCUGGCUGGGCCACUCAAGGACAUUCAGAGACUUGUCCCGAAGCCACUCCUGCGUUGUCUUGGCUCUGUGCUUAGGGUCGUUGUCCUGUUGGAAGGUGAACCUUCACCCCAGUCUGAGGUCCUGAGCUCUCUGGAGCAGGUUUUCAUCAAGGAUCUCUCUGUACUUUGCUCCGUUCAUCUUUCCUUCGAUCCUGACUAGUGUCCCAGUCCAUGCUGCUGAAAAACAUCCCCACAGCAUGAUGCUGCCACCACCAUGCUUCACCGUAGGGAUGGUGCCAGGUUUCCUCCAGACGUGACGCUUGGCAUUCAGGCCAAAGUGUUCAAUCUUGGUUUCAUCAGACCAGAAAAAAUCUUGUUUCUCAUGGUCAGAGUCUUUAGGUGCCUUUUGGCAAACUCCAAGCGGGCUGUCAUGUGCCUUUUACUGAGGAGUGGCUUCCAUCUGGCCACUCUACCAUAAAGGCCUGAUUGAUGGAGUGCUGCAGAGAUGGUUGUCCUUCUGGAAGGUUCUUCAAUCUCCACCGAGAAACUCUGGAGCUCUGUCAGAGUGACCAUCAGGUUCUUGGUCACCUCCCUGACCAAGGCCCUUCUCCCCCGAUUGCUCAGUUUGGCCAGGCGGCCAGCUCUAGGAAGUGUCUUGGUGGUUCCAAACUUCUUCAAUUUAAGAAUCAUGAAGGCCACUGUGUUCUUGGGGACCUUCAAUGCUGCAGAAAUGUUUUGGUACCCUUCCCCAGAUCUGUGCCUUGACACAAUCCUGUCUCGGACAAUUCCUUCGACCCCAUGGCUUGGUUUUUGCUCUGACAUGCACUGUCAACUGUGGGACCUUAAGAACACAGCCAUGAAUAAAGAACGGUACCAACACAUCCUCAGAGAGCAACUUCUCCCAACCAUCCAAGAACAGUUUGGUGACGACAAAUGCCUUUUCCAGCUUGAUGGAGCACCUUGCCAUAAGGCAAAAGUGAUAACUAAGUGGCUCGGGGAACAAAACAUCGACAUUUUGGGUCCAUGGCCAGGAAACUCCCCAGACCUUAAUCCCAUUGAGAACUUGUGGUCGAUCCUCAAGAGGCGGGUGGACAAACAAAAACCCACAAAUUCUGACAAACUCUAAGCAUUGAUUAUGCAAGAAUGGGCUGCCAUCAGUCAGGAUGUGUCCCAGAAGUUAAUUGACAGCAUGCCAAGGCGGAUUGCAGAGGUCUUGGAAAAAGAAGGGUCAACACUGCAAAUAUUGACUCUUUGCAUAAACUUAAUGGAAUUGUCAAUAAAAGCCUUUGACACUUAUGGAAUACUUGUAAUUAUACUUCAGUAUAGCAUAGUAACAUCUGGCAAAAAUAUCUCAUAACACUGAAGCAGCGAACUUUGUUAAGACCAAUACUUGUGUCAUUUUCAAAACUUUUGACCACGACUGUACAUAUAACUAGGAAUAAAGUGAAUAGGCAAUAGGAUAGAUAAUAAACAGUAGCAGCAGCGUAUGUGAUGAGUCAAAAGGGUUAGUAUAUGAAGGGUCAAUGCAGAUAGUUUGGGUAACUAUUGGUUAACUAUUUAACUAACUGUUCAGCAGUCUUAAGGCUUGGGGGUAGAAGCUGUUCAGGGUCCUGUUGAUUCCACACUUAGUGCAUCCAUAACACUUGCCAUGUGGUAGCAGAGAGAACAGUCUAUGACUUCGGUGGCUGGAGUCUUAGCAUGUUUUGUCAAUGUGUUUAUUGACCUGAAGACAGCAGGACGCUGUUUAAGACUUGGAGUUGCUGAUAAACUGCAGGAGUUAUAACAGCAGUCUAGGAGCAUUACUCCCUACUCUAGGAGCAUUACUCCUUACUCUAGGAGCAUUACUCCCUACUCUAGGAGCAUUACUCCCUACUCUAGGAGCAUUACUCCCUACUCUAGGAGCAUUACUCCCUACUCUAGGAGCAUUACUCCCUACUCUAGGAGCAUUACUCCCUACUCUAGGAGCAUUACUCCCUACUCUAGGAGCAUUACUCCCUACGCUAGCAACCAAAUGAGGGUAUCUGUGUCCUUUACGUCCAGUACUGUAGCAGACUCUGGCCAAGGUUCUCCAAGAACAUUGUCUGUGUGCCAGAAGGACAGAUACAGGAAGUGCUGGAUGGUCUUAGAGAAAUGUACAGUGUGUAUAAAUGUAACUAGGCUCAUCUAUCAUAUGUGUAAUGCAGCACUUAGGAUCCAAUCAGGGUUUAAUGGAAGAGGAGGAUGACAUCAUGUUAGAGACAUCAGCUACACAGCUCCAUUCAUCACGUUAACACACUGCUUAAAGACCCGUUAGGGCUGCGUCCCAAAUGUCACCCUGUUCACUAUAUAGUGCACUGCUUUUGACCAGGGCUCAUAGUGCACUAUGUAAGGAAUAGGGUGCCAUUUGGGACACAGUCUAGGACUGAUGCUGUGUACUGUACAUUCUGCUGCUUGUCAUUUAGACUUGUCUAAUAUAUUACCCUCCUAUGAUUCAUCUCUCCAGACUUCUCUAAUAUAUUACCCUCCUAUGAUUAAUCUCUCCAGACUUCUCUAAUAUAUUACCCUCCUAUGAUUCAUCUCUCCAGAUUUCUCUAAUAUAUUACCCUCCUAUGAUUCAUCUCUCCAGACUUCUCUAAUAUAUUACCCUCCUAUGAUUCAUCUCUCCAGACUUCUCUAAUAUAUUACCCUCCUAUGAUUAAUCUCUCCAGACUUCUCUAAUAUAUUACCCUCCUAUGAUUCACCUCUCCAGACUUCUCUAAUAUAUUACCCUCCUAUGAUUCAUUUUACAUUUACAUUUACGUCAUUUAGCAGACGCUCUUAUCCAGAGCGACUUACAAAUUGGUGCAUUCACCCUAUAGCCAGUGGGAUAACCACUUUACAAUGUUUUUUUUUUUUUUUUUUUUUAAGAGGGGGGGGGGGGGGGGGGGGUAGAAGGAUUACUUUAUCCUAUCCCAGGUAUUCCUUAAAGAGGUGGGGUUUCAAAUGUCUCCGGAAGGUGGUGAGUGACUCCGCUGUCCUGGCGUCGUGAGGGAGCUUGUUCCACCAUUGGGGUGCCAGAGCAGCGAACAGUUUUGACUGGGCUGAGCGGGAACUAUGCUUCCGCAGAGGAAGGGGAGCCAGCAGGCCAGAGGUGGAUGAACGAAAUGCCCUCGUUUGGGUGUAGGGACUGAUCAGAGCCUGAAGGUACGGAGGUGCCGUUCCCCUCACAGCUCCAUAGGCAAGCACCAUGGUCUUGUAACGGAUGCGAGCUUCAACUGGAAGCCAGUGGAGUGUGCGGAGGAGGGGGGUGACGUGAGAGAACUUGGGAAGGUUGAACACCAGACGGGCUGCGGCAUUCUGGAUGAGUUGUAGGGGUUUAAUGGCACAGGCAGGGAGCCCAGCCAACAGCGAGUUGCAGUAAUCCAGACGGGAGAUGACAAGUGCCUGGAUUAGGACCUGUGCCGCUUCCUGUGUAAGGCAGGGUCGUACUCUCCGAAUGUUGUAGAGCAUGAACCUGCAGGAUCGGGUCACCGCCUUGAUGUUAGCGGAGAACGACAGGGUGUUGUCCAGGGUCACGCCAAGGCUCUUCGCACUCUGGGAGGAGGACACAACGGAGUUGUCAACCGUGAUGGCGAGAUCAUGGAACGGGCAGUCCUUCCCCGGGAGGAAGAGCAGCUCCGUCUUGCCGAGGUUCAGCUUGAGGUGGUGAUCCGUCAUCCAUACUGAUAUGUCUGCCAGACAUGCAGAGAUGCGAUUCGCCACCUGGUUAUCAGAAGGGGGAAAGGAGAAGAUUAGUUGUGUAUCGUCAGCGUAGCAAUGAUAGGAGAGGCCAUGUGAGGAUAUGACAGAGCCAAGUGACUUGGUGUAUAGGGAGAAAAGGAGAGGGCCUAGAACUGAGCCCUGGGGGACACCAGUGGUGAGAGCACGUGGUGCGGAGACAGCUUCUCGCCACGCCACUUGGUAGGAGCGACCGGUCAGGUAGGACGCAAUCCAGGAGUGAGCCGCGCCGGAGAUGCCCAGCUCGGAGAGGGUGGAGAGGAGGAUCUGAUGGUUCACAGUAUCAAAGGCAGCAGACAGGUCUAGAAGGACAAGAGCAGAGGAGAGAGAGUUAGCUUUAGCAGUGCGGAGAGCCUCCGUGACACAGAGAAGAGCAGUCUCAGUUGAAUGACCAGUCCUGAAACCUGACUGGUUUGGAUCAAGAAGGUCAUUCUGAGAGAGAUAGCAAUAGAGUUGGCUAAAGACGGCACGCUCAAUAGUUUUGGAAAGAAAAGAAAGAAGGGAUACUGGUCUGUAGUUGUUGACAUCAGUGGGAUCGAGUGUUGGUUUUUUGAGAAGGGGUGCAACUCUCGCUCUCUUGAAGACGGAAGGGACAUAGCCAGCAGUCAAGGAUGAGUUGAUCAGCGAGGUGAGGUAGGGGAGAAGGUCACCGGAGAUGGUCUGGAGAAGAGAGGAGGGGAUGGGGUCAAGCGGGCAGGUUGUUGGGCGGCCUGCAGUCACAAGUCGCAAGAUUUUAUCUGGAGAGAGAGGGGUGAAAAGAUGCCAGGUCCGCAGGGAGUCUAGUUUUCUUCCAUUUCCGCUCAGCUGCCCGGAGCUCUGUUCUGUGAGCUCGCAAUGAGUCAUCAAGCCACGGAGCUGGAGGGGAGGACUGAGCCGGCCGGGAGGAUAGGGGACACAGAGAGUCAAAGGAUGCAGAAAGGGAGGAGAGGAGGGUUGAGGAGGCAGAAUCAGGAGAUUGGAGGGAGAAGGAUUGAGCAGAGGGAAGAGAUGAUAGGAUGGAAGAGGAGAGAGUAGUGGGAGAGAGAGAGCGAAGGUUGCGGCGGCGCAUUACCAUCUGUGUAGGGGCAGAGUGAGUAGUGUAGGAGGAGAGCGAGAGAGAAAAGGAUACAAAGUAGUGGUCGGAGACAUGGAGGGGAGUUGCAGUGAGAUUAGUAGAAGAGCAGCAUCUAGUAAAGAUGAGGUCAAGCGUAUUGCCUGCCUUGUGAGUAGGGGGGGACGGUGAGAGGGUGAGGUCAAAAGAGGAGAGGAGUGGAAAGAAGGAGGCAGAGAGAAAUGAGUCAAAUGUAGACAUAGGGAGGUUGAAAUCCCCCAAAACUGUGAGGGGUGAGCCAUCCUCAGGAAAGGAACUUAUCAAGGCGUCAAGCUCAUUGAUGAACUCUCCAAGGGAACCUGGAGGGCGAUAGAUGACAAGGAUAUUAAGCUUAAAUGGGCUAGUGACUGUGACAGCAUGGAAUUCAAAUGAGGAGAUAGACAGAUGGGUUAGGGGAAAAAUUGAGAAUGUCCACUUGGGAGAGAUGAGGAUUCCUGUGCCACCACCCCUCUGACCAGAUGCUCUCGGGGUAUGCGAGAACACAUGGUCAGACGAGGAGAGAACAGUAGGAGUAGCAGUGUUUUCAGUGGUAAUCCAUGUUUCCGUCAGCGCCAGGAAGUCGAGGGACUGGAGGGUAGAAUAGGCUGGGAUGAAGUCAGCCUUGUUGGCAGCAGAACGGCAGUUCCAGAGGCUGCCUGAGACCUGGAACUCCAGGUGUGUGGUGCGUGCAGGGACCACCAGGUUAGAGAGGCAGCAGCCACGCGGUGUGAGGCGUUUGUGUAGCCUGUGCGGAGAGGAGAGAACAGGGAUAGGCAGAGGCAUAGUUGACAGGCUGUAGCAGAUGGCUACAAUAAUGCAGAGGAGAUCGGAAUGAAAUGAACUAAACAUCUGGGAAAGGAUAGAGCAGGGCCUCCCUCACCAAAACUCCCAAAUAUAACUCUCCCAACUUCCACCUCAGAAACUAUAAUUGUUUCACUGAACCACCCGAAUAAAACUCUCCCAACUUCCACCUUAGAAAUGAGUAUUGUUGUAAACUACAGCGGUUCAAUGUUUCAAGGAAUAGACUCAACUUACUUUAUUCAGCUAGCUAACUAUGACGCCACAGCUAACUAGCAUGCUAGCAUCCAAUAACACACAGUUUAGCACCAAUACUUGGUUACAACAAACUACCAAUAGUGUGUUAACACACUAAACAGAUAAUUCGUGUCCGUGUCUAGUUCCUUUCAUAACGCAGUAAUAAUUAAACGUUGGCUAGCUAGCACAAAUAUAUUGUAUUUCGCUGCUACAGUACAGCUAGCUGGUAGCGUUGGCUAGCUAGCAAUGGCUGCGGUGAUGACUUUGUUUGAAAAACGGCGUCGCUGCGAACAAAUGUAGCUGGCUAAAAGGAUAUUGUAUUUAGUUGCUACCGUUGCUAAUAGCUACUCGCCAGCUAGUCCAGGAGGUGAGUUAGCUAGCUAGCUAGCUUCGUGCUACACCCGGCACCGCCGAAUACAAUACUAACCUACAAUAAUUACAUACAAUAACUAUCCACAACAACCCACGAUGCCUACCUACAAUACCUAACUACAAUCUAAAUACAUAGUUUAAGCCUUACUCGACAAAGCCCAAGCUAUGUAUAAAGCCAAACUUACCCGACGCCAGGUGUCUGGGUGGCAGACAAGAAUACAUUGGUCUUCUGCAAUGAGUAGCUGUAAUUAAGUACAGUAGCUACUAACUACCUAACGUUAAUGCUUCAGAUAAUGAGGUUAGAAAAACAGCUGAAUGGUAGGUAGCUAGCUGGCUUAAUUACAGGUACUCUUAAGCGUGAAAUAACAUUGGAAACAACUAUCCACAGUUGCUAAAAGUUACCAGUAGCUACCCGCUAGCUAGCUUUGUUGGUCCAGGUAGUGGGUUAGCUAGCCUCGUGCUUCACCGGGCUCAGCCGAAUACAAUACUUACCAAAAAUAAUUACCUACAAUAACCUACAAUAACUACCUAAAUAAACUACCUACAAUACCUAACUACAAUACCUACCUACAAUCUAAAUACAUGGUUUAAGCUUUACUCAAGACCAUAUAAGAAGCCAAGCUUACCUCCUGCUAGAGAAAACACAACCUCACCCGACCCGAUGCCAGCCAUUCACAAUAUAUUACCCUCCUAUGAUUCAUCUCUCCAGACUUCUCUAAUAUAUUACCCUUCUAUGAUUCAUCUCUCCAGACUUCUCUAAUAUAUUACCCUUCUAUGAUUCAUCUCUCCAGACUUGUCUAAAAGUAUGAGCAGCAAGCAGAUGGCUGUGAACAAGCGGAGGAAAGCGGAGGAGGAAGAGGAGAAGAAAUCCGGUUUGAAAAGACUGAAAACCGAGACGACAGUGAGGUCAGACUCCUCUGAGGGCAGUGACUCUGAGAUGUCUACCAAGAGAACCAGGACGGCAGACUCCUCCUCUGAGGAGGAGCUAAAAGGAAAGGCCGGCCAGGAGCGGCACAAGACCCAGGGUUCUAAGACUGGGAAGGAGUCUGCUCUGAUAGGCUGUCUCUCCCCCUGGGGUGAGGAGCUUCAGAAGGCGGAGUCUCAGCCGUCGUCAGCCGACAGGGAGCAGAGGUCAUCCCAGCGACAGGGGGAGCGGUCUCCCCUGCAACAGCAGCAGCCCCCUCCCCUGGCCUCCUCCUCCCUGGGCUCUGCCCCCUCUGAGGGCCAAGGGGAGGGCAUCAUAGAGACCAACAGCACUAUGAAAGCCCCCUCCCAGACCCAUCCCCAGUCCAAGGACCAGUACACCAGCGUUGGGAUGGCCACCAGGACCCAGACCCCCUCUCAGUAUGUCAUCGACAUCACAGCAGAGGACGCUAACGCACACAUGGCCUCCCAGGAGAACUCUGAGGCCGUCUCGGCCCUGCUGGCCUCCCAGAAUCCAUCUGAGCCCUCCUACAUCUCUGAGCCCAGCAGACAUUUGGUGCUAAACCCCCCUGUGUCCCCUUCCUCUCCCCUUCGUAAGAGCCCCUCCGAGUGUAACCUACGGAACCAGCCUCCCCCUGUGUCAGAGUGUAACCUACGGAACCAGCCUCCCUCGGUGUCAGAGUGUAACCUACGGAACCAGCCUCCCUCGGUGUCAGAGUGUAACCUACGGAACCAGCCUCCCCCGGUGUCAGAGUGUAACCUACGGAACCAGCCUCCCUCGGUGUCAGAGUGUAACCUACGGAACCAGCCUCCCUCAGUGUCAGAGUGUAACCUACGGAACCAGCCUCCCUCGGUGUCAGAGUGUAACCUACGGAACCAGCCUCCCUCGGUGUCAGAGUGUAACCUACGGAACCAGCCUCCCUCGGUGUCAGAGUGUAACCUACGGAACCAGCCUCCCUCGGUGUCAGAGUGUAACCUACGGAACCAGCCUCCCUCGGUGUCAGAGUGUAACCUACGGAACCAGCCUCCCUCGGUGUCAGAGUGUAACCUACGGAACCAGCCUCCCUCGGUGUCAGAGUGUAACCUACGGAACCAGCCUCCCUCGGUGUCAGAGUGUAACCUACGGAACCAGCCUCCCUCGGUGUCAGAGUGUAACCUACGGAACCAGCCUCCCUCGGUGUCAGAGUGUAACCUACGGAACCAGCCUCCCUCGGUGUCCGAGUGUAGGAAGCCAGAGAUAGAGCAGCAGCACAUAGCAGGUAGCCUGGGCAGUAAGAUGGAGUUUGUCCAUUCAGUGGUGAUCAGACCUAUAACAUCAGUCAGUGAGUCUGCUGCUGUAGCAGAGAGAGAGAAGGUUCAGCAGCAGCUAUAUUCCUCCAUGGUGCCCUGCAUUAAGAACGCCUCAUUGGCUGACGAGGCCAGGAAGUGGCACAAGCUAAGCCCCUCCCCUGAUGUCCCCAAGCCCCUCCCCUCCCCAGAGGCCCUGAAGCCUAAGCCCCUCUGCUCCUCUGACAUCAUCAAGUCUAAAACACACAGUGUUCUGGAGACUGGGUCUAAACCCAAACCCCUCACCUCCCCGGAGGUGUCCAAGCAUAAAGUCCGUUACCCGGACAACCCCCCUCGCUCCAGCUUUAAGCCCGUCCUGGCCCGAGGGACAGCGUCGCCAGGUUCUUGCACUAAGAGCCCGCUAAUCAUUGAUAAGAAGGAGCUUUUCACCGUGUACCGGGACCCUGCGCUGGUCCGUCCCGACCAGGAGUCCAACCACGUGUCCUAUCUGCACCCCCAGCUCCACCCCCACCACCUCACCUCUCACCUCCUGCCCUCCUCCCACUCCCACCACCUCCUCUCCGGGGUGCUCUCUGGCCUGCCUCCAGGCCCCCUGCUGGGGGGUCAUCCCCGUCUAGACUCCUCAGGGCUGGGGCACCUGGGUCUAGCCCAACACCCCCAGCCCCCUGGAUCCCUGCUUUCCCAGACACACAGCCACACCUCAGCCUCAUACAACCAGCUGGGGCUGUACCCCAUUAUCUGGCAGUACCCCAACGGGACCCGCUCCUACCCCCCAGGACUCAACAUGCCCGGGUCCAAGUGGGUGCACCCCGAAAACACUGUAAACUCUGAGACCAACAUGAGGAGGGUGAGUACCAAACAGCCAGAUUCUAUUCUUCUACAACUCUUCUUCCUGUUCUACUACUGCUUCUAUUAUGACGUCUUCCUAGCAACAGUAGCAUAGCAACUAUGCUCAUGUUGCCAGUUUAAACAGCUUGCUGCUGUAGCAUUUAAACUAUGCUCAUGUUGCCAGUUUAAACAGCUUGCUGCUGUAGCAUAGCAACUAUGCUCAUGAUGCCAACUUAAACAGCUUGCUGCUGUAGCAUUUCAACUAUGCUCAUGUUGCCAGUUUAAACAGCUAGCUACUGUAGCAUAUCUCUCAUGUUCAGUUUGUAAAGACCACUGUCCUGAGUUUUCAGGUUAUUUGUUAUUCUGUUCUGUUAGUAGGUAGGGGAUAUCCUAGUUAUAGGUUAUGUUAGUAGGUAGGGGAUAUCCUAGUUAAAGGUUCUGUUAGUAGGUAGGGGAUAUCCUAGUUAAAGGUUCUGUUAGUAGGUAGGGGAUAUCCUAGUUAAAGGUUCUGUUAGUAGGUAGGGGAUAUCCUAGUUAAAGGUUCUGUUAGUAGGUAGGGGAUAUCCUAGUAUAGGUUCUGUAGUAGUGUAGGGGAUAUCCUAGUUAUAGGUUCUGUUAGUAGGUAGGGGAUAUCCUAGUUAAAGGUUAUGUUAGUAGGUAGGGGAUAUCCUAGUUAUAGGUUCUGUUAGUAGGUAGGGGAUAUCCUAGUUAAAGGUUCUGUUAGUAGGUAGGGGAUAUCCUGUUAAAGGUUCUGUUAGUAGGUAGGGGAUAUCCUAGUUAAAGGUUCUGUUAGUAGGUAGGGGAUAUCCUAGUUAAAGGUUCUGUUAGUAGGUAGGGGAUAUCCUAGUUAAGGUUCUGUUAUUAGGUAGGGGAUAUCUAGUUAAGGUUCUGUUAGUAGGUAGGGGAUAUCCUAGUUAUAGGUUCUGUUAGUAGGUAGGGGAUAUCCUAGUUAUAGGUUCUGUUAGUAGGUAGGGGAUAUCCUAGUUAAAGGUUCUGUUAGUAGGUAGGGGAUAUCCUAGUUAAAGGUUCUGUUAGUAGGUAGGGGAUAUCCUAGUUAUAGGUUCUGUUAGUAGGUAGGGGAUAUCCUAGUUAUAGGUUCUGUUAGUGGGUUUAGGGGAUACCCUAGUAUAGGUUCUGUUAGUAGGUAGGGGUUUCCUAGUUUAUAGGUUCUGUUAGUAGGUGGGGGAUAUCCUAGUUAAAGUUCUUUUAGUAGGUAGGGGAUAUCCUAGUUAUAGGUUCUGUUAGUAGGUAGGGGAUAUCCUAGUUAUGUUUCUGUUAGUAGGUAGGGGAUAUCCUAUUUAUAGGUUCUGUUAGUAGGUAGGGGAUAUCCUAGUUAAAGGUUAUGUUAGUAGGUAGGGGAUAUCCUAGUUAAAGGUUCGGGUUAGUAGGUAGGGGAUAUCCAGUUAUAGGUUCUGUGUAGUAGGUAGGGGAUAUCCUAGUUAAAGGUUAUUUUAGUAGGUAGGGGAUAUCCUAGUUAUAGGUUCUGUUAGUAGGUAGGGGAUAUCCUAGUUAUAGGUUCUGUUAGUAGGAGGGGGAUAUCCUAUUAUAGGUUCUGUUAGUAGGUAGGGAUCCUGUUAGUUCUGUUGAGGUAGGGGAUAUCUAGUAUCUAGUGUAUAGGUCUGUUAGUAGUUGUAGGUCUGUCUCUCGUAUACCCUGUCUGUCUCCUGACUGACCUGUCUGUCUCUCUAUACCCGUCGGUCGGUCUAGUGUCUCUCUGUAUGUUGUUAGACUGACCCUGUCUGUCUCUCUGUAUGUUGUUAGACUGACCCUGUCUGUUCUCUCUGUAUGUCUGGGUCUGACCGUCUGUCCUCUUAUGUCUGGUCUGACCCUGUCUGCUCUCUGUAUUGUCUUUUACUGACCCUGUCUGGUCUCUCUGUAUGUUGUUAGACUGACCCUGUCCUGUCGUCUCUGUAUGUCUGGGUCUGACCCGUCUGUCUCUCUGUAUGUUGUUAGAUGACCCUGUCUGUCUCUCUGUAUGUUGUUAACGACCCUGUCUGUCUCUCUGUAUGUCUGGGUCUGACCCUGUCUGUCUCUCUGUAUGUCUGGGUCUGACCCUGUCUGUCUCUCUGUAUGUUGUUAGACUGACCCUGUCUGUCUCUCUGUAUGUCUGGGUCUGACCCUGUCUGUCUCUCUGUAUGUCUGGGUCUGACCCUGUCUGUCUCUCUGUAUGUCUGGGUCUGACCCUGUCUGUCUCUCUGUAUGUUGUUAGACUGACCCUGUCUGUCUCUCGGGUAUUCUGGGUUGACCCUGUCUGUCUCUCUGUAUGUCUGGGUCUGACCCUGUCUGUCUCUCUGUUGUUGUUAGACUGACCCUGUCUGUCUCUCUGUAUGUUGUUAGACUGACCCUGUCUGUCUCUCGUAUUUGUUAGACUGACCCUGUCUUUUCUCUCUUAUGUCUGGGUCUGACCCUGUCUGUCUCUCUGUAUGUUGUUAGACUGACCCUGUCGUCUCUCUGUAUGCCUGGGAAACGGACCCUGUCUGUCUCUCGGUAUGUUGUUAGACUGACCUGUCUGUCUCUCUGAUGUCUGGGUCUGACCCUGUCUGUCUCUCUGUAUGUUGUUAGACUGACCCUGUCUGUCUCUCGGGAUGUUCUGGGUCUGACCCUGUCGUCUCUCUGUAUGUCGGGGUCUGACCCUGUCUGUCUCUCUAUGUCUGGGUCUGACCUGUCUGUCUCUCUGUAUGUUGUUAGCGCCCCUGUCUGUCUCUCUGUAUGUUGUUAGACUGACCCUGUCUGUCUCUCUGUAUGUUGUUAGACUGACCCUGUCUGUCUCUCUGUAUUUUCUGGGUCUGAACCCUGUCUGUCUCUCUGUAUGUUUGUUGGGACGCCCCUGUCUGUCUCUCUGGUAUGUCUGGGACUGACCCUGUCUGUCUCUCUGUAUGUUGUUAGACUGACCCUGUCUGUCUCUCUUAUGUCUGGGUCUGACCCUGUCUGUCUCUCUGUAUGUUGUUAGACUGACCCUGUCUGUCUCUCUGUAUGUCUGGGUCUGACCCUGUCUGUCUCUCUGUAUGUUGUUAGACUGACCCUGUCUGUCUCUCUGUACGUUGUUAGACUGACCCUGUCUGUCUCUCUGUAUGUCUGGGUCUGACCCUGUCUGUCUCUCUGUAUGUUGUUAGACUGACCCUGUCUGUCUCUCUGUACGUUGUUAGACUGACCCUGUCUGUCUCUCUGUAUGUCUGGGUCUGACCCUGUCUGUCUCUCUGUAUGUCUGGGUCUGACCCUGUCUGUCUCUCUGCAUGUUGUUAGACUGACCCUGUCUGUCUCUCUGUAUGUUGUUAGACUGACCCUGUCUGUCUCUCUGUAUGUCUGGGUCUGACCCUGUCUGUCUCUCUGUACGUUGUUAGACUGACCCUGUCUGUCUCUCUGUACGUUGUUAGACUGACCCUGUCUGUCUCUCUGUAUGUCUGGGUCUGACCCUGUCUGUCUCUCUGUAUGUUGUUAGACUGACCCUGUCUGUCUCUCUGUACGUUGUUAGACUGACCCUGUCUGUCUCUCUGUACGUUGUUAGACUGACCCUGUCUGUCUCUCUGUAUGUCUGGGUCUGACCCUGUCUGUCUUUCUGUAUGUCUGGGUCUGACCCUGUCUGUCUCUCUGUAUGUUGUUAGACUGACCCUGUCUGUCUCUCUGUAUGUUGUUAGACUGACCCUGUCUGUCUCUCUGUAUGUCUGGGUCUGACCCUGUCUGUCUCUCUGUACGUUGUUAGACUGACCCUGUCUGUCUCUCUGUACGUUGUUAGACUGACCCUGUCUGUCUCUCUGUAUGUCUGGGUCUGACCCUGUCUGUCUCUCUGUAUGUUGUUAGACUGACCCUGUCUGUCUCUCUGUAUGUCUGGGUCUGACCCUGUCUGUCUCUCUGUAUGUCUGGGUCUGACCCUGUCUGUCUCUCUGUAUGUUGUUAGACUGACCCUGUCUGUCUCUCUGUAUGUUGUUAGACUGACCCUGUCUGUCUCUCUGUAUGUUGUUAGACUGACCCUGUCUGUCUCUCUGUACGUUGUUAGACUGACCCUGUCUGUCUCUCUGUACGUUGUUGUGCCAGAACACGGCCAGCCCUUGGCUGCACCACCAGCACCCUGUCUCCUCCUCUGACAGCCUGGGCCUACUGAGCCACGUCCCGGUCCCGGUCCGCCCAGCCAGCGCCGACCCUCACCGGUCCGACCCCCACCGGCUCAUCAAGAUCAACCCUCACGCCAGCCCCCCUCUGCCCCUGUCCAAGACCGCUGGAGAUCUUCACAAGGAGUGAGUCGUCACUGUUCAGUUCAGCCCCUUAGACACUCACACACACAGUAGACACACACACACACACACACACACACACACACACACACACACACGGACGAAGACACACACACACACACACACACACACACACACACACACACACACACACACACACACACACACACACACACACACACAGGAACACACACACACACAGGAACACACUCACACACACAGUAGACACACACACACGGACGAAGACACACACACACACACACACACACAGGAACACACACACACACACAGGAACACACACACACACACACACACACACAGGAACACACACACACACACACACACACACACACACACAGGAUAUCAUAUAGUCAUAUCAUAUAGUCAUGUCAUAUCAUAUAGUCAUCAUAUAUUAAUGUCAUAUCAUAUAGUCAUAUCAUAUAUUAAUGUCAUAUCAUAUAUUAAUGUCAUAUCAUAUAGUCAUAUCAUAUAUUAAUGUCAUAUCAUAUAUUAAUGUCAUAUCAUAUAGUCAUAUCAUAUAUUAAUGUAAUAUCAUAUAGUCAUAUCAUAUAGUCAUAUCAUAUAUUAAUGUCAUAUCAUAUAGUCAUAUCAUGUAUUAAUGUCAUAUCCACUACUGGUCAAAAGUUUUAGAACACCUACUUAUUCAAGGGUUUUUCUUUAUUUUUACUAUUUUCUACAUUCACUGCACUUGAUGAAACGUUCAAUGUUUUUUAAAUGUUCCGUAUUAACUGACCUUCAUGUCUUAAAGUAAUGAUGGACUGUCGUUUCUCUUUGCUUAUUUGAGCUGUUCUUGCCAUAAUAUGGACUUACCAAAUAGGGCUAUCUUCUGUAUCCCCCCCCCCCCCCCCUCCCCGCCUUGUCACAACACAACUGAUUGGCUCAAACGCAUUAAGAAGGAAAGAAAUUCCACAAAUUAACUUUUAAAAAGGCACACCUGUUAAUUGAAAUGCAUUCCAGGUGACUACCUCAUGAAGCUGGUUGAGAGAAUGCCAAGAAUGUGCAAAGCUGUCAUCAAGGCAAAGGGUGGCUACUUUGAAGAAUUUGUUUAACACUUUUUUGGUUACUACAUGAUUCCAUAUGUGUUAUUUCAUAGUUUUGAUGUAGUCACUAUUAUUCUACAAUGUAAAAAAUAGUACAAAUAAAGAAAAACCCUUGAAUGAGUAGGUGUUCUAAAACUUUGGACCGGUAGUGUGGUCCUGUCAUAUAGUCCUAUCGUAUAGUCCUGUUGUAGUCGUGACAUAUAGUCGUGUCAGGUCAUAUAGAUAGUCAUAGUCAUAUCAUAUAGUCAUGGUCAUGUCAUAUCAAAUAGUCAUAUCAUAUAAUCAUAUAGUCAUAUCAUCAUUUGGUAUUUUAUUAGGAAAGAAGCAGCUACUCUUCCUGGGGUCCACACAAAACAUGAGAUAAUACAGAACAUUAAUAAACAAGAACAGCUCAAGGACAGAACUACAUAUAUUUUAAAAUGGCACACAUAGCCUACACAUCAAUACAUACACACAAAAUAUCUAGGUCAAGUAGGGGAGAAGCGUUGUGCCGUGAGGUGUUGCUUUAUAUGUUUUUUGAAACCAGGUUUGCUGUAUAUUUGAGCAAUAUGAGAUGGAAGGGAGUUCCAUGCAUUAAUGGCUCUAUUAAAUACUGUAUGCUUUCUUGAAUAUGUUCUGGCUUUGGGGGACUGUGAAUAGACCCUUGGUGGCAUGUCUGGUGGGGUUAGUGUGUGUGUCAGAUGAGUGUAAGUUGACUAUGCAAACAAUUUGGAAUGUUUAACACAUUGUUUGUUAUAAAAAGUGAUGCAGUCAGUCUCUCCUCAACUCUUAGCCAAGAGAGACUGUUAUGCAUAGUAUUAAUAUUAGUCCUCUGAUUACAAUGAAGAGCAAGACGUGCCGGUCUGUUCUGGGCCAGUUGCAGCUUAACUAGGUCUUUCCUUGCAGCACUGGACCACACGACUGGACAAUAAUCAAGAUAAGAUAAAACUAGAGUCUGCAGGACUUGCUUUGUGGAGUGUGGUGUCAAAACAGCAGAGCAUCUCUUUAUUAUGGACAGACCUCUCCCCAUCUUUACAACCAUUCAAUAUAUAUGUUUUGACCAUGACAGUUUACAAUCUAAGGUAACACCAAGUCAUUUAGUCUCCUCAACUUGUUCAACAGCCACACCAUUCAUUACCAGAUUCAGCUCAGGUCUAGAACUUAGGGAAUGAUUGGUACGAAUACAAUGCUCUUAGUUUUAGAGAUGUUCAGGACCAGUUUAUUACUGGCCACCCAUUCCAAAACAGACUGCAACUCUUUGUUAAGGGUUUCAGUGACUUCAUUAGCUGUGGUUGCUGAUUCGUAUAUGGUUGAAUCAUCAGCGUACAUGGACACACAUGCUUUGUUUAAUGCCAGUGGCAGGUCAUUGGUAAAAAUAGAAAAUAGUAGAGGGCCUAGAGUGCUGCCCUGCGGUACACCACACUUUAUAUGUUUGACAUUAGAGAAGCUACCAUUAAAGAAAACCCUUUGAGUUCUAUUAGAUAGAUAGCUCUGAAUCCACGAUAUGGCAGAGGUUGAAAAGCCAUAACACAUACGUUUUUUUCAACUACAGGUUAUGGUCAAUAAUAUCAAAGGCUGCACUGAAAUCUAACUGUACAGCUCCCACAAUCUUCUUAUUAUCAAUUUCUUUCAACCAAUCAUCAGUCAUUGGUGUCAGUGCAGUACAUGUUGAGUGCCCUUCUCUAUAAGCAUGCGGAAAGUCUGUUGUUAAUUUGUUUACAGAGAAAUAGCAUUGUAUUUGGUUAAACAUCAUUAUUUUCCAACAGUUUGCUAAGAGCUGGCAGCAAGCUGAUUAGGUUCGCUGUUAGAACCAGUAAAGGCCACUUUACCAUAGUCAUAUCAUCAUAUAUAGUCAUAUCAUAUAGUCAUAUCAUAUAGUCAAAUAGUCAUAUCAUAUAAUCAAAUAGUCAUAUACAGUGGGGGAAAAAAGUAUUUAGUCAGCCACCAAUUGUGCAAGUUCGCCCACUUAAAAAGAUGAGAGAGGCCUGCAAUUUUCAUCAUAGGUACACGUCAACUAUGACAGACAAAUUGAGAAUUUUUUUCUCCAAAAAAUCACAUUGUAGGAUUUUUAAUGAAUUUAUUUGCAAAUUAGGGUGGAAAAUAAGUAUAUGGUCACCUACAAACAAGCAAGAUUUCUGGCUCUCACAGACCUGUAACUUCUUCUUUAAGAGGCUCCUCUGUCCUCCACUCGUUACCUGUAUUAAUGGCACCUGUUUGAACUUGUUAUCAGUAUAAAAGACACCUGUCCACAACCUCAAACAGUCACACUCCAAACUCCACUAUGGCCAAGACCAAAGAGCUGUCAAAGGACACCAGAAACAAAAUUGUACACCUGCACCAGGCUGGGAAGACUGAAUCUGCAAUAGGUAAGCAGCUUGGUUUGAAGAAAUCAACUGUGGGAGCAAUUAUUAGGAAAUGGAAGACAUACAAGACCACUGAUAAUCUCCCUCGAUCUGGGGCUCUACGCAAGAUCUCACCCCGUGGGGUCAAAAUGAUCACAAGAACGGUGAACAAAAAUCCCAGAACCACACGGGGGGACCUAGUGAAUGACCUGCAGAGAGCUGGGACCAAAGUAACAAAGCCUACCAUCAGUAACACACUACGCCGCCAGGGACUCAAAUCCUGCAGUGCAAGACAUGUCCCCCUGCUUAAGCCAGUACAUGUCCAGGCCCGUCUGAAGUUUGCUAGAGUGCAUUUGGAUGAUCCAGAAGAGGAUUGGGAGAAUGUCAUAUGGUCAGAUGAAACCAAAAUAGAACUUGUUGGUAAAAACUCAACUCGUCGUGUUUGGAGGACAAAGAAUGCUGAGUUGCAUCCAAAGAACACCAUACCUACUGUGAAGCAUGGGGGUGGAAACAUCAUGCUUUGGGGCUGUUUUUCUGCAAAGGGACCAGGACGACUGAUCCGUGUAAAGGAAAGAGUGAAUGGGGCCAUGUAUCGUGAGAUUGAGUGAAAACCUCCUUCCAUCAGCAAGGGCAUUGAAGAUGAAAUGUGGCUGGGUCUUUCAGCAUGACAAUGAUCCCAAACACACCGCCCGGGCAACGAAGGAGUGCCUUCGUAAGAAUCAUUUCAAGGUCCUGGAGUGGCCUAGCCAGUCUCCAUAUCUCAACCCCAUAGAAAAUCUUUGGAGGGAGUUGAAAGUCCGUGUUGCCCAGCGACAGCCCCAAAACAUCACUGCUCUAGAGGAGAUCUGCAUGGAGGAAUGGGCCAAAAUACCAGCAACAGUGUGUGAAAACCUUGUGAAGACUUACAGAAAACGUUUGACCUGUGUCAUUGCCAACAAAGGGUAUAUAACAAAGUAUUGAGAAACUUUUGUUAUUGACCAAAUACUUAUUUUCCACCAUAAUUUGCAAAUAAAUUCAUAAAAAAUCCUACAAUGUGAUUUUCUGGAUUAUUUUUUCUCAUUUUGUCUGUCAUAGUUGACGUGUACCUAUGAUGAAAAUUACAGGCCUCUCUCAUCUUUUUAAGUAGGAGAACUUGCACAAUUGGUGGCUGACUAAAUACUUUUUUUCCCCACUGUAAUCAUAUCAUAUAGUCAUAUCAUAAAGUGUUUACUAGGAAAUGUACUGAAUCAAUAUUUUUACUUGGAAAUUAACUGAAUCAUUAUUAUAUUUACUAGGAAAUUAACUGAAUCGUUAUUAUAUUUACUAGGAAAUUAACUGAAUCAUUAGUAUAUUUAUUAGGAAACAGCCUGUGAUGCCUGUCUGGUCUGUAGCUGAAUGGUGUUGAUGUCUCUCCUCAGGGAGUUGGACCCCAUCCGAACCAUCACUCUGGCCCACCUGAAGCAGGAGCAGGACCGCAGCAGAACCCCGACCGGGAAGGACGGUCACCUGCACCACCUCUACCUGGAGGCCCAGCAUAAACAACAGCAACAGAGGAUGGUCCAGCAGCAGCAGGACGCAGGGGAGAGGGACCGGGCCAGUAAGUACAAGGAGGAGAACAGACGAAUCCUCCAGGAGAGCAUCGAGGUGGCCCCCUUCACCGCUAAGAUCCGCUCCAGUGAGACUGACAGGGAGCCUAACCCAUACCGCCGGAUCCCCUCGCUCCCCUCCCUGCCCCACCCCCACCCCCAGCGCCUCCAUCAGGAGAAGGAGACGGAGCAGCCUGCAGCAGACCUGUAUCAGUUUAAACAGCAGGCCGUGUCCCAGCACAAUCUCCCCCAGAGUAACUACUUCACUACCCUGUCCAACAGUGUGGUCAACGAGCCGCCACGUCUCUACCCCUCUAAAGAGCUCAACACGUACUUUGAGAAGGUGAGCAGGGAGCAGGGCUCAGCAGCGACCUCUAGUCUCUCUCUGGGGGGAACGUUCAGGUCCAAACCCCCUCCUCUCAUCAAACACCAGCAUGAUGGGGAGGGUCUGGUAGGGAAGAUAUCAGAGCAGCUGAACCAGCAGGUUGGCCUAUCCACCGUGCAGAGGUAUCCUCUCAGUACCAUAGUCAGCCCUGUUAGUCCAGAUAUCUCCCCUUCCUCCAGUCAGACCCAGAGUCAGACCCAGAGUCAGACCCAGAGUCAGACCCAGAGUCAGACCCAGCUAAGGUGUAUGCCAGCUCUGCACCGCGCCCCCGUGUUCCACCCUCCUAUCCAGAAGACACUGGACAGGAAGGAGACGGGCUACGGCCGUCUGUCUCCACCCACCCUGACCCCCAUCCAGCCAGUCAGCUCGGCCAGUAAGGUGUCUGAGCAGCAGAAACCGCCCACCCUUCUGCCCGAGCUACGGGAGGUCAGCGCCGUGUGUAAGGGCGGGGCAGCGAUGACCUCAUCCGAGGUGUUGCGAGCCAGCGACUCUCAGAGCCAUGACAAGCUGGGAUGGCAUUCUGAGAGGAGCCACGGCAGGAAGCCCGGGGCCACCACGCCGUCUGUUAUCGUCCGGCCCUCUACGUGUAUUAAGUACGACGGCUCGCCAGGCGCCAAGACCUCUUCCUCGGCCAAGGACUCUCUGACGGGGAGGAUGUUCCCAGGCGGUGGGCCUCAGACAGUCUACCUGAAACUGGCCGAGGAGAGAGAGAGAGACAGGGAGUCUGGAGGGAAGGUGAUCCUGCCAAACACUAACUUGGAGGAGGCAGUCUGCGUGCAACAGUACAAGAACAACUUUAUUAGAGUGUCCCAGUCUCAGGGAACCGUUCCAGUCUCUGUCUCGGCUGCUGCCAACUCUGUGUGCAAUAUGAGGAGCGAUGUGACCACGUCAGCCUCCAACAUGGCCUCCUACAGUGUGCUGUGUAGAAGAGAAGAGAGGACCUACUGUGGGUCCAAAACCUCCAGCAGUAGCAGGACAGAGAGCUGUGGCCCCCAGGGCAGGGCCUUCCACUCAGGGCCUGGGUUAGGGCCAGGGGCUGAGCUCCAGCAACAGGAGGGGGGCUCCUCCAGGACCUCAUCCCCCAACCUGCACCCCGGGCCCAGAACCUGCCUGGCCAGCAGCACCCAGGUCUCUCCCAGCCCCAGCCAGUCCUACUCUGGGAGCUUUAUCCAUCUGAAGAAGCACAAGGCAGCGUUAGCAGCAGCCCAGCAGUCCAGAGGCCCUAGCAACAGCUCCAGCGGUAGUGGUUCUGAGAGCCUCCACAUCUCCCCUCCACCUCCCCUUGCCUCAGCCUCAGCCCAGGACCACAGAACCACAGCAAGCCCAGGACCACAGCAAGCAGGAGCUAGCCCCAGCCCUGGCCCCCUCCCCAAUGGCCAGCCAGCCCAGAUGAACCAGAGCCAGUCUCAACCCAACUACCACAAGCUGAAGAAGGCCUGGCUAACCAGACACUCAGAGGAGGGCAGUAACAGGAAUAUUAACACUAUGAUUAAAACAGAGGAGGGCAGUAACAGGAAUAUUAACACUAUGAUUAAAACAGAGGAGGAUAGUAACAGGAAUGUUAACACUAUGAUUAAAACCGAGGACAGUAACACUAUGAUUAAAACAGAGGAGGCUGAUAAGUCUGUUACCACCACUGUGAACCCCUCUGUGUCUAAGUCUGUUACCAGCACUGUGAGCCCCUCUGUGUCUAAGUCUGUUACCACCACUGUGAGCCCCUCUGUGUCUAAGUCUGUUACCAGCACUGUGAGCCCCUCUGUGUCUAAGUCUGUUACCACCACUGUGAGCCCCUCUGUGUCUAAGUCUGUUACCACCACUGUGAGCCCCUCUGUGUCUAAGUCUGUUACCACCACUGUGAGCCCCUCUGUGUCUAAGUCUGUUACCACCACUGUGAGCCCCUCUGUGUCUAAGUCUGUUACCAGCACUGUGAGCCCCUCUGUGUCUAAGUCUGUUACCACCACUGUGAGCCCCUCUGUGUCUAAGUCUGUUACCACCACUGUGAGCCCCUCUGUGGCUAAGUCUGUUACCACCACUGUGAGCCCCUCUGUGUCUAAGUCUGUUACCACCACUGUGAGCCCCUCUGUGUCUAAGUCUGUUACCACCACUGUGAGCCCCUCUGUGUCUAAGUCUGUUACCACCACUGUGAGCCCCUCUGUGUCUAAGUCUGUUACCACCACUGUGAGCCCUUCUGUGUCUGAGAUGGAGAUGAUCAAGCCUUGCACCGUCACUCUGAUUGCCUCCACCUCCAGUGACGUGGAGAUGAAGAUUGAAGAGGUCAAAGGUCAGGAGGACAAGAUGGCCGCUGAGGACAGGAAUACGCGGCGCGGGAGCAAGAGGACGUAUGACCACGACUCGGCCUCGGAGAGCGGAGAGGACUCUGACGCCAGCGAGAGCAGCAAGCAGGAGCAGAGGGCUAAGAGACAGCCCAAACCCACCUACAAGAAGAAACAGAACGACCUGCAGAAGAGGAAAGGAGAGGGAGAGAAAGCGGAGGAGGAGAAAGCCAACAGCAUCUUCCGGAGCGCCAGGGAGAAGACCAAGCUCAAACUGGCCAACAGCAGUAAGUCUAGCAGGAAAGGGACAUUUCAUAUCCAACUUCUCCAGCACCACCCAACAUUAACAUGGAAAAAUUGUGCAUUUCUGUUCUGUAGUAACAAAAUGGACUAAGUGUUUCCGAUGACAUAAUCAACCAACUAGUAGGCAAUGCCUGCUCAUGAUUGGUCAAAGCACAUGAUGCACACCGAUGAUGUCAUUGGAAACACUUAUCUUCCUCUAUCUGUUUUACUACAGAACACAUGUUGGGGUGGUGCUGGAGAUGAUGAGAAGUUUCCCUUUAUUAACGCAUGCACAGACACACACACACGUAACUCUAAUAUGAAUAUGGUUUCAAUUUCAUAUAGCAUUGUAACAACAUGUCAACUCAGUCUCUCAGCUCAUCAUACGUUAGCUGGCCUUACUAUAUGAUAUAUUACAUAUUAUUAUGAAGAUUAGUGGUUCUAUUCCUUCAAAAGCUGGCUGAUAUGAGCUGGCUAAUGUUGUGCUUAUUGGUUCCUGAAGGGGAGAGGUAGAGGGGUGUAGCAUGGCAGAAUCAGAACCACGGAGUUCUAUUUCUGGAACAUCUGGAGUGCAGCUUUGUUCUGAGAAUUAAAACACAGCUCUUCCAGGAAGGAAUGUUCACGCUGAUGUGAAAUCCAUCUUGCCAGGACACUGAGAACACGCUGAUGUGAAAUCCAUCUUGCCAGGACACUAAGAACACGCUGAUGUGAAAUCCAUCUUGCCAGGACACUCUAAGAACACGCUGAUGUGAAAUCCAUCUUGCCAGGACACUCUGAGAACACGCUGAUGUGAAAUCCAUCUUGCCAGGACACUCUAAGAACACGCUGAUGUGAAAUCCAUCUUGCCAGGACACUCUGAGAACACGCUGAUGUGAAAUCCAUCUUGCCAGGACACUAAGAACACGCUGAUGUGAAAUCCAUCUUGCCAGGACACUCUAAGUCAGAGGGGGGUACUCGAAGGGAGAGGUUCGAUGGGUACUCCCGGCCGUCCGUGCCUCAGUCAGACACCGCUUGCCUCUCUCACACCUCUGUGAUCUGGUCCUACAGAGACUUUCGGGUACUCCCGGCCGUCCGUGCCUCAGUCAGACACCGCUUGCCUCUCCCACACCUCUGUGAUCUGGUCCUACAGAGACUUUCGGUCUGAGAGGCUAGCUAGCCUAGCUUGCACUAAAAAGCUUCCUGGCGAACGUUGGCUAGAAUGGCUAACUUCCGAUGAAUUAAACGUACUAGUUUUCCCCAGGCGUUAUGGCAACCUAUUCGUAUUUCCAAUUCCUGGAGUUGGAGGGAGGUAACGGGGCUACUGCUCUGAUAAGGAAGCAGACUCAGAGCACUUGGCUCUGGAGCGAGGGGCCUUAGAACGGAUCUGAGCGACCAGUGCGCCCCUUCACAAAAAUAUUACUGUGGCAACAGUGCCCCCACAUUUGGCUAUGGCCAACGGGGUACAACGUCAGCCAUUGCCGGAACCCCCAGUGCCCAUAAAGGGACCGGGCUUCAUACAGUCUCACGGAAGCACAACGUACAUUGCCUUCGAAAAGUUUUCAGACCCCUUGACUUUUUCCACAUGUUACGUUACAGCCUUAUUCUAAAUUGAAUUUUUUCCUCAUCAAUCUACACACAAUACCCCAUAAUGACAAAGCAAAAAAAGGUUUUUAUUAAAAUUAUUGCUCAUUUAUUAAAAAUGAAAAAAUAAAAUCACAUUUACGUAAGUAUUCUGACCCUUUACUCAGUACUUUGUUGAAGCACCAUUGGCAGCGAUUACAGCCUUGAGUCUUCUUGGGUAUGACCCUACAAGUUUGGCACACCUGUAUUUGGGGAGUUUCUCCCAUUCUUCUCUGCAGAUCAGGUUGGAUGGGGAGUGUCGCUGCACAGCUAUUUUCAGGUCUCUCCAGAGAUGUUAGAUCGGGUUCAAGUCCGGGCUCUGGCUGGGCCACUCAAGGACAUUCAGAGACUUGUCCCGAAGCCACUCCUGCGUUGUCUUGGCUGUUUGCUUAGGGUCGUUGUCCUGUUGGAAGGUGAACCUUCGCCCCAGUCUGAGGUCAUGAGCGCUCUGGAGCAGGUUUUCAUCAAGGAUCUCUCUGUACUUUGCUCCGUUCAUCUUUGCCUCGAUCCUGACUGGUCUUCCCUGCCGCUGAAAAACAUCCCCACAGCAUGAUGCUGCCACCACCAUGCUUCACCGUAGGGAUGGUGCCAGGUUUCCUCCAGACGUGACGCUUGGCAUUCAGGCCAAAUAGUUCAAUCUUGGUUUCAUCAGACCAGAGGACCUUGUUUCUCAUGCUCUGAGAGUCUUUAGGUGCCUUUUGGCAAACUCCAAGCGGGUUGUCAUGUGCCUUGGCUCCAGGGUGAGAGUGACAAGUUGGGGAACUGUCAACAAGGGGUGCCCCUCCCCCGUAGGUGUCUCAUUACUGGGAUUCAUUGCUGAUUCUUGCCUGUUUCUUUUCUUUUUCUUUUUAUUUAACUACAAUGACGGCCUACACCGGCCAAACCCGGACGACGCUGGGCCAAUUGUGCGCCGCCCUAUGGGACUCCCAAUCACGGCCGGUUGUGAUACAGCCUGGAAUGGAACCAGGGGGUCUGUAGUGACGCCUCAAGCACUGAGAUGCAGUGCCUUAGACCGCUGUGCCAUUCUGGAGCCAGUAGGUCACUAGUCUCUAUGAGGUGCCUAGUGAUACAGGUUAUGAGCUCUGUAGGUGAUUAGUCGUUGGUAGCGGAGUCGGGGAACAACCAGAGUUGGACACAACCAUGCUAUUAUCACACACACAGUCUCUGUGGUUCAUAUGAACCCCGGAAUGAGCUGUCUCCAGCUCAAUGCUUUUCAUUCCUGGGAAUUAGAUUCCAGUCCGACUCGCCCGUCUGCUACCACAGAACGGUCCCAUUCCCAGCGAGGUUAAAAGGCACUUUGUGGCCAGUACCUGUGACUGCUCGGUAGGGUCACCUCCAUUUUACAUGUACUUUUUAGUCAUUUAGCAGACAAUCUUAUCCAGCAGUAAGUGCAUACAUUUUCAUACUGGUCCCCCAUGGGAAUUGAACCCACAACCCUGGCUUUGCAAGCGCCAUGCUCUACCAACUGAGCUACACGGGACUCCAUGAUAACGUUUUUUUCCCCUGAGUCUAUUUUUAAUGCUUGCGGUCCAUGGCUGGGUGCCAGCUGGAUACCGGAUUGCAUCUUACCGCCUAAACGGAGUGAGGCUCGUUGUGACAACAGCACCCCUACUGAUCGGAUACCGGAUUGCAUCUUACUGCCUAAACGGAGUGAGGCUCGUUGUGACAACAGCACCCCUACUGAUCGGAUACCGGAUUGCAUCUUACUGCCUAAACGGAGUGAGGCUCGUUGUGACAACAGCACCCCUACUGAUCGGAUACCGGAUUGCAUCUUACUGCCUAAACGGAGUGAGGCUCGUUGUGACAACAGCACCCCUACUGAUCGGAUACCGGAUUGCAUCUUACUGCCUAAACGGAGUGAGGCUCGUUGUGACAACAGCACCCCUAUUUGAUCGCCUAAUGAUGGUACCCAAAGUGGGCCAGGCUUUAGGCAAACCUUGGCACAUAAAUACAGUUUUACGGGUAUCUAAAGUGUUGUCUCCCGCAUGUGAGUUCAAUGAAAAGGGUCCCUUAUCCACGUUCCCUUAUCCACGGUUGUCAAGAAUAGUGGAAAUGGAAAAAUAACCAGUCUUUCCCAGUCCACAAGGUGGCGUUCUCAUCCCUUCGGAUGGCACUUCACAGGAGCCUCGCUGUCUGCUCCGACCAAUGGGAGUGCGCAGUGUUGCACUGGAUCAUGUAAACAGUGACGUCAGAGUACGGGCUACAAUUUGUUGUACAUCCCCCACGCUUCUGCGGCAUCAUCACGUUGACUGUUCCGGAAGCCUCAGUGGCCAUUUUGAGGGAGGAAAUAUUCUCCCUUCUCCAGAAGCAGGCAAUCCGAGUCGUUCCUAUGUCUGAGAUCCAGGACGGCUGGUACAGGCCGGUAUUUCCUGGUUACGAAAAGGGACGUUACUUUGCAUCCCAUUCUAGACCUACGGGCACUUCAGAGUCUACAAAUUCAGAAUGCUCAUGAGCUGCCGGCUUUUACAGUCGAUUGGCUGCUGGCGGCAGCGUCGUGGGGGCAAGCAGUGUUACACAUAUCCAAUACUGUCCCGUAUUCAGUCUCUAGGCUUCGUCAGAAACCAGAAAAAGAUCUGUCUGACUCUUAUCUCAGCACAUUUCGCUUCUGGGUCUCGGGCUAGACUCACUGGCGUAUCACACUUUUCCGUCCCAACAGAGGGUGUCCGGGCUCUGGGGCUGGGUCACAGUGCCCACUGGGGAUGAUAGAAGGCCUGUUGUUGAUGCAGCCUUUCCAGCACAGAGGGCUAGCCACUCACCUGGACGCUUCUCGCAGCCUUAACCGGUCGCUUCCACCCCUUCAGGCCUACGGGCCCUGGCCCAGCCUUUCCAGCACAGAGGGCUGGCCACUCACCUGGACGCAUCUCGCAGCCUUAACCGGUCGCUUCCACCCCUUCAGGCCUACGGGCCCUGGUCCAGUGCUCUGCUAUUGUCAGGGGGCUCCCAUGGGCUGAGUUGUAUCCCACAAGGUUAUCACGACAGAUGCAUCCCUCCGAGGGUUGGGUGCGUGGUACGAAGGCAACUCGAUUUAUAAUAUAAUAAUAAUAAUAAUAUGCCAUUUAGCAGACGCUUUUAUCCAAAGCGACUUACAGUCAUGCGUGCAUACAUUUUUUUUUGUGCAUGGGUGGUCCCGGGGAUUGAACCCACUACCUUGGCGUUACAAGCGCCGUGCUCUACCAGCUGAGCUACAGAGGACCACGAUUUGGGGGGUAUGGACUGUGGCGCAGAGCACACUGUAUAUCAAAUGCUGGAGCUCCUAACGAUGUAUCUGGUGCUCAGGCGCUUCCUCUCACUGUUGUCGGGCCGGGUUGUGCUGGUCAGAACCUACAUUAUUAUGGUGUUGGUGGCAUACAUCAACAGAUGAGGAGGGACUCUGUCUCUCUCCCUCCUAACCAUGGCUUGCUCCCCAUUGCUGUGGUGCAGUGCGCACAUGCUCUCGCUUCGGGCGACGGAUUUCCCCGGUUGCCUUAACUCGGCCGCAGAUCUUCUAUCCAGGUGGGGCCCUCUCUCUCAGGAGUGCUGGGUACACCCCUGGGAGGUCUCCCAGAUAUGGGAAAUGUUUGGCAGGGCCGACAUAGAUCUGUACGCAUCGCGAAGCAGCAGCCUUUGUUGUCAGUUUUUCUCAAUGAGGGACCAGGACACUCCAUUGGGAAGCAUUGGAGCACCAGUGGCCUCAGACUCUCCUUUACGCAUUUCCCCCCCUGUGGAGCUGGUUUAGCCCACGUGGAGUGGGUACGCCUGGAGGGCUUGUUGUUGAUUUCAUGUGGCUCCCUGUUGGCCCAAGCAGCCUUGGUUUGCGGAGAUCAUUUGCCUGUUGUGCGGGGUCCCGUGGCAACUCCCGCUGCGCAGGGAUCUGCUGUCCCAGGCACACAGGCAGGUUUGGCUCCCUCGGCCAGAGAUUUGCGAUCUGUGGGCUUGGCCCCUGAGAGGUCCAAUCUUGACGGCUGGAGGUUUACCUCCGAACCUGAUUGCUACUAUUCAGUCCGCAGGGGCUCCCUCCACUAGAGGGCUGUCUGGGUAUAAGUGGCAGCCAUUGGAGCUCUGGUGCCCAGAUAAAGGUAGUGUUCCUUUUCAGAGUACUCUGGGGGACAUUUUAAAUGUUCCUACAGUAGCUUUUCGGGCAGAGCUCAGUGUAACACCCAGUGUGUUGACGGCUGGGACAGGACAGGGUCAUUAGGCAGAGCUCAGUGGAACACCCAGUGGGUUGACGGCUGGGACAGGACAGGGUCAUUAUGCAGAGCUCAGUGUAACACCCAGUGGGUUGACGGCUGGGACAGGACAGGGUCAUUAGGCAGAGCUCAGUGGAACACCCAGUGGGUUGGAAGCUGGGGGACAGGGUCAUUAGGCAGAGCUCAGUGUAACACCCAGUGGGUUGGCAGCUGGGGGACAGGACAGGGUCAUUAGGCAGAGCUCAGUGUAACACCCAGUGGGUUGGCAGCUGGGGGACAGGGUCAUUAGGCAGAGCUCAGUGGAACACCCAGUGGGUUGACGGCUGGGACAGGACAGGGUCAUUAGGCAGAGCUCAGUGUAACACCCAGUGGGUUGGCAGCUGGGGGACAGGGUCAUUAGGCAGAGGUCAGUGUAACACCCAGUGUGUUGACGGCUGGGACAGGACAGGGUCAUUAGGCAGAGCUCAGUGGAACACAAUACCAAGACUACCACAUCUUGCGGGGUCUGGGUGUUCUGGGUGGUCAGCCGUGGGCCGUUUCAUUUAGUGUCCGCUGGGGCCGGCUUGGGGUGGGAUUCUUGUUCCCCAUAGUUGUGUUGUAUCGACUGAAAGGGAACGUAACAUUAUGACUAUAACUACUGUUCCCUGAAGCAGGGAAAUGAGGUCCAACACCUGCAUCGCCUGGUUCUGGGCUUGGUGAAGAGCGGUACUGAAUUGAAGGAAUUAAUCCAAGCCUCAGGGUUAUCACCUGUGGAAGGCGGCGCUUUCAGCGAGGCGCAGAUUUCACUGGCCUUGUCAGGCGUGAUUUUAGUUCUUCAUUCGAAGUCACGAGAGUGCGACUCCCUGUAGUUGUGUUGUACCUCAUUUCCCUCCUUCAGGGAACAGUAGUUAUAGUCACAACGUUACGUUUUUAUGAUGAUCUUUAUAUCCAUUAUGAGUUGAAAUUGAAUUGACCUCAACUCUGGUGUAGAGAAAUACAUAAGACCUCUAGCUACAGUAAAUGGGUCUGUGUACGUCCUGUUGUUAACCAUCUCUCUGUCCCCUCUGGUACCAGAUGGUAUCCCCUGCUCUGUGCUGAAGGACUGAUCAUGUCUCUGUAUUAGAUAUCAUAGUAACCGUCUCUCUGUCCCCUCCUGUACCAGAUGGUAUCCCCCGCUCUGUGCUGAAGGACUGGAGGAAGGUGAAGAAGCUGAAGCAGACGGGGGAGUCGUUCCUGCAGGAUGACUCGUGCUCCGAGAUCGGCCCCAACCUGCAGAAGUGUCGGGAGUGUCGCGUUGUCCGCAGCAAGAAGGGGGAGCAGCCCGCUCAUUCUCCUGUCUUCUGCCGCUUCUACUACUUCCGCCGGUGAGUCUCGUUUUGUUAUCUGAUUAGCUGGUCCGCUGGUUAGGUGGUAUUUGAUUGGCUGCUCUGCCUCUCGGCUGGUGUUGAUAAUGAUGGAUGCCGUUUUAUGGACUCUUAACCAACCGUGCUAUUUUGUGUGUUUUUUCGCAUUGUUUGUAACUUAUUUUGUACAUAAUGUUGCUGCUACCGUCUCUUAUGGCCGAAAAGAGCUUCUGGACAUCAGAACAGCGAUUACUCACCUUGAACUGGACAAGUAAUUUUUAUUUAAUGAGUCAGGCAAAAGAGGGAUUUGCUCCAGACACCCGACAGUCUGUCCCUGAUGUUUUUCCUGGAGAGAAGUGGCUUCUUUGCUGCCCUUCUUUACACCAGGCCAUCCUCCAAAAGUCUUCGCCUCACUGUGCGUGCAGAUGCACUCACUCCUGCCUGCUGCCAUUCCUGAGCAAGCUCUGCACUGGUGGUGCCCCGAUCCCACAGCUGAAUCAACUUUAGGAGACGGUCCUGGCGCUUGCUGGACUUUCUUGGGCGCCCUGACGCCUUCUUCACAACAAUUGAACCUCUCUCCUUGAAGUUCUUGAUUAUCCGAUAAAUGGUUGAUUUAGGUGCAAUCUUCCUAGCAGCAAUAUCCUUGCCUGUGAAGCCCUUUUUGUGCAAAGCAAUGAUGACGGCACGUGUUUCCUUGCAGGUAACCAUGGUUAACAGAGGAAGAACAAUGAUUUCAAGCACCACCCUCCUUUUAAAGCUUCCAGUCUGUUAUUCUAACUCAAUCAGCAUGACAGAGUGAUCUCCAGCCUUGUCCUCGUCAACACUCUCGCUUGUGUUAACGAGAGAAUCACUGACAUGAUGGCAGCUGGUCCUUUUGUGGCAGGGCUGAAAUGCAGUGGAAAUGUUUUUGGGGGAUUAAUUUCAUUUUCAUGGCAAAGAGGGACUUUACAAUUAAUUGCAAUUUAUCUGAUCACUCUUCAUGACAUUCUGGACUAUAUGCAAAUUGCCAUCAUCAAAACUGAGGCAGCAGACUUUGUGAAAAUUAGUAUUUGUGUCAUUCUCAAAACUUUUGACCACGACUGUACUCCGAGCAUGUGCUGACCAACUGGCAAGUGUCUUCACUGACAUUUUCAACCUCUCCCUGUCUGAGUCUAGUCAUGGCUCACAUCAACACCAUUAUCCCAGAAACCCUGGACCCACUCCAAUUUGCAUACCGCCCCAACAGAUCCACAGAUGACGCAAUCUCUAUUGCACUCCACACUGCCCUUUCACACCUGGACAAAAGGAACACCUAUGUGAGAAUGCUAUUCAUUGACUAAUCUCAGCGUUCAACACCAUAGUGCCCUCAAAGCUCAUCACUAAGCUAAGGACCCUGGGACUAAACACCUCCCUCUGCAACUGGAUCUUGGUCUUCCUGACGGGCCGCCCCCAGGUGGUAAGGGUAGGUAACAACACAUCCGCCACGCUGAUCCUCAACACGGGGGCCCCUCAGGGGUGCGUGCUCAGUCCCCUCCUGUACUCCCUGUUCACCCAUGACUGCAUGGCCAGGCACGACUCCAACACCAUCAUUAAGUUUGCCGACGACACAACAGUGGUAGGCCUGAUCACCGACAACGAUGAGACAGCCUAUAGGGAGGAGGUCAGAGACCUGGCCGUGUGGUGCCAGGAUAACAACCUCUCCCUCAAUGUGAUCAAGACAAAGGAGAUGAUUGUGGACUACAGGAAAAAGAAGAGGACCGAGCACGCCCCCAUUCUCAUCGACGGGGCUGUAGUGGAGCAAGUUGAGAGCUUCAAGUUCCUUGGUGUCCACAUCACCAACAAACUAUCAUGGUCCAAACACACCAAGACAGUCAUGAAGAGCACACGACAAAACCUAUUCCCCCUCAGGAGACUGAAAAGAUUUGGCAUGGGUCCUCAGAUCCUCAAAAAGUUAUACAGCUGCACAAUCGAGAGCAUCCUGACUGGUUGCAUCACUGCCUGGUAUAGCAACUGCUCGGCCUCCGACCUCAAGGCACUACAGAGGGUAGUGCGUACGGCCCAGUACAUCACUGGGGCCAAGCUUCCUGCCAUCCAGGACCUCUAUACCAGGCGGUGUCAGAGGAAGGCCCUAAAAAUGGUCAAAGGCUCCAACCACCCUAGUCAUAGACUGUUCUCUCUGCUACCGCAUGGCAAGCGGUACCGGAGCACCAAGUCUAGGUCCAAAAGGCUUCUUAACAGCUUCUACCCCCAAACCAUGAGACUACUGAACAUCUAAUCAAAUGGCAACCCAGACUAUUUGUAUUGCCCCCCCCCCCCCCCCUUUACACUGCUGCUACUCUGUUAAUUAUCUAUGCAUAGUCAGUUUAACUCUACUUACAUGUACAUAUUACCUCAAUUACCUUGACUAACCGGUGCCCCCGCACAUUGACUCUGUACCGGUACCCCCCUGUAUAAAGCCUCCCUACUGUUAUUUUACUGCUGCUCUUUAAUUAUUUGUUACUUUUAUUUCGUAUUAUUUUAUGUUGUAUUUUUUAGCGAUUUUUUUUGUAUUCUUUCUUAAAACUGAAUUGUUGGUUAAGGGCUUGUAAGUAAGCUUUUCACUGUAAGGUCUACACCUGUAGUAUUCGGCGCAUGUGACAAAUACAAUUUGAUUUGAUUUUCCUGCAUUGCUCAGCUAGUCCACUCUGCCGCCACAUGGUUAGCCAGAGAUUAUUAGGUCAUUGUGUACGUUCUCCCUCAAUCCAUCUGUUAGUGUCUCUGUCAGUGAACCCUGCCUCAGUCAGUCAGUCAGUCAGUCCAUCUUGUUAGUGUCUCUGUCAGUGAACCCUGCCUCUCUCAGUCAUCAGUCAGUCCAUCUGUUAGUGUCUCUGUCAGUGAACCCUGCCUCAGUCAGUAAAGUCAGUCUCAUCUGUUAGUGUCUCUGUCAGUGAACCCUGCCUCAGUCAGUCAGUCAGUCAUCAGUCCAUCUGUUAGUGUCCUCAUGCUCAGUCAUCAGUCAUCCAUCUGAGUCUCGUCAGUGAACCUCCAGUCAUCAGUCUCAGUCCAUCUGUUAGUGUCUCUGUCAGUGAACCCUGCCUCAUCAGUCAGUCAGUCCAUCUGUUAGUGUCUCUGUCAGUGAACCCUGCCUCAGUCAGUCAGUCAGUCAUCUUGUUAUUGUCUCUGUCAGUGAACCCUGCCUCUCAGUCAGUCAGUCAGUCCAUCUGUUAUUGUCUCUGUCAGUGAACCCUGCCCUCAGUCAGUCCUAUCUGUUAUUGUCUCUGUCAGUGAACCCUGCCUCAUCAGUCAGUCCAUCUGUUAUUGUCUCUGUCAGUGAACCCUGCCUCAGUCAGUCAGUCAGUCCAUCUGUUAUUGUCUCUGUCAGUGAACCCUGCCUCAGUCAUCAGUCAGUCCAUCUGUUAUUGUCUCUGUCAGUGAACCCUGCCUCAGUCAGUCCAUCUGUUAUUGUCUCUGUCAGUGAACCCUGCCUCAGUCAGUCCAUCUGUUAGUGUCUCUGUCAGUGAACCCUGCCUCAGUCAGUCAGUCAGUCUGUGUAUGUGUCUCUGUCAUGAACCCUGCCUCAGUCAGUCAGUCCAUUCUGUUUUAUUGUCCUGUCAGUGAACCCUGCCUCAGUCAGUCUGUCUGUUAUUGUCUCUGUCAGUGAACCCUGCCUCAGUCAGUCCAUCUGUUAGUGUCUCUGUCAGUGAACCCUGCCUCAGUCAGCCAGUCCAUCUGUUAGUGUCUCUGUCAGUGAACCCUGCCUCAGUCAGUCAGUCAUUCAGUCCAUCUGUUAGUGUCUCUGUCAGUGAACCCUGCCUCAGUCAGUCAGUCAGUCAGUCAGUCAGUCAGUCAGUCAGUCAGUCAGUCCAUCUGUUAGUGUCUCUGUCAGUGAAACCCUGCCUCAGUCAGUCAGUCAGUCCAUCUGUUAGUGUCUCUGUCAGUGAACCCUGCCUCAGUCAGUCAGUCAGUCAGUCCAUCUGUUAGUGUCUCUGUCAGUGAACCCUGCCUCAGUCAGUCAGUCAGUCAGUCAGUCCAUCUGUUAUUGUCUCUGUCAGUGAACCCUGCCUCAGUCAGUCAGUCAGUCCAUCUGUUAGUUGUCUCUGUCAGUGAACCCUGCCUCAGUCAGUCAGUCAGUCCAUCUGUUAUUGUCUCUGUCAGUGAACCCUGCCUCAGUCAGUCAGUCAUCAGUCCAUCUGUUAGUGUCCUCUGUCAGUGAACCCUGCCUCAGUCAGUCAGUCCAGUCAGUCCAUCUGUUAGUGUCUCUGUCAGUGAACCCUGCCUCAGUCAGUCAGUCAGUCAGUCAGUCAGUCAGUCCAUCUGUUAGUGUCUCUGUCAGUGAACCCUGCCUCAGUCAGUCAGUCAGUCCAUCUGUUAUUGUCUCUGUCAGUGAACCCUGCCUCAGUCAGUCAGUCAGUCAGUCAGUCCAUCUGUUAGUGUCUCUGUCAGUGAACCCUGCCUCAGUCAGUCAGUCAGUCAGUCCAUCUGUUAGUGUCUCUGUCAGUGAACCCUGCCUCAGUCAGUCGGUCCCUACAUCUUAUUUGUUUGUUUAGCUCUCAGGCCCUGGAGACCUUCAGGGGAGUUUACAGAUAAAACAUCAAUUUUUUCAUUUCCUGCUUCCAUCCAUCCAUCCUCUCUGUGGUUGUUUAAUCCAGUAACAGAAGUCUGGAUUAAAGAGGAUUUUCUGGCUCUUAAUCACUCACAAUGUCAGGCCUUCACCAGGAUCAGGGCUCUGCUGCACUGUGACAUCACAGCACAUUCGUUUUUUGUUCUGUCAAUGUUUACCACUAUUUAGUUUCAGCAUAUUUCACUGUAUCACAAAUGGACACCAUUCCCUAUGGGCUCUGGUCCAAAGUAGUGCACUAUUUAAUAGGAUGCCAUUGCCAUUAGAGACACAGCCCGGCCAUGUAACCCUCAGUAGAGGAAUCAGGGUUGUAGGACAAUCCAGUUGGGAGAUAUUCAUCAGGAUAAAUGUACUCCUCGUUCUAGGGAUAGUGUUUGUUCUAGGGUUAGUGUUUGUUCUAGGGAUAGUGUUUGUUCUAGGGAUAGUGUUUGUUCUAGGGAUAGUGUUUGUUCUAGGGAUAGUGUUUGUUCUAGGGAUAGUGUUCUAGGGAUAGUGUUCUAGGGCUAGUGUUGGUUCUAGGACUAGUGUUUGUUCUAUGGAUAGUGUUCUAGGGAUAGUGUUUGUUCUAGGGCUAGUGUUUGUUCUAGGGAUAGUGUUCUAGGGAUAGUGUUUGUUCUAGGGAUAGUGUUUGUUCUAGGGAUAGUGUUCUAGGGAUAGUGUUCUAGGGCUAGUGUUUGUUCUAGGGAUAGUGUUCUAGGGAUAGUGUUUGUUCUAGGGCUAGUGUUUGUUCUAGGGAUAGUGUUUGUUCUAGGGAUAGUGUUUUUUCUAGGGAUAGUGUUCUAGGGCUAGUGUUUGUUCUACUAGGGCUAGUGUUUGUUCUAGGGAUAGUGGUUUUCUAGGGCUAGUGUUUGUUCUAGGGAUAGUGUUUGUUCUAGGGAUAGUGUUUGUUCUAGGGAUAGUGUUUGUGUUCUAGGGAUAGUGUUUGUCUAGGGAUAGUGUUCUAGGGUAGUGUUUUGUUCUAGGACUAGUGUUUGUUCUAGGGAUAGUGUUUCUAGGGAUAGUGUUUGUUCUAGGGCUAGUGUUUGUUCUAGGGAUAGUGUUUCUAGGGCUAGUGUUUUUUGGUUUCUAGGGAUAGUGUUUCUAGGGAUAGUGUUCUAGGGCUAGUGUUUGUUCUAGGGAUAGUGUUCUAGGAUAGUGUGUUUGUUGUUCAGGGCUAGUGUUUGUUCUAGGGAUAGUGUUUGGUUUUCUAGGGUAGUGUUUUCUUAGGAUAGUGUUCUAGGGUAGUGUUUGUUCUAGGGCUAGUGUUUUGUUCUAGGGAUAGUUGUUCUAGGUGUGUGUUCUAGGGUAGUGUUUGUUCUAGGCUAGGUGUUAGGUGUUUCUAGGGUAUUUUAGUGUUGUGUUUCUAGGGCUAGUGUUUUGUUCUAGGGAUAGUGUUUGUGGUUCUAGGGAUAGUUGUUCUAGGGAUAGUGUUUCUAGGGCUAGUGUUUUGUUCUAGGGCUAGUGUUUGUUCUAGGGAUAGUGUUCUAGGGAUAGUGUUUCUAGGGCUAUGUGUUUGUUCUAGGGAUAGUGUUUCUAGGGAUAGUGUUUUGUUCUAGGGCUAGUGUUUUGUUUCUAGGGCUAGUGUUUGUUUUCUAGGGAUAGUGUUUUUUCUAGGGAUAGUGUUUGUUCUAGGGAUAGUGUUUGUUCUAGGGCUAGUGUUUGUUCUAGGGAUAGUGUUCUAGGGCUAGUGUUUGUUCUAGGGCUAGUGUUUGUUCUAGGGCUAGUGUUUGUUCUAGGGCUAGUGUUUGUUCUAGGGAUAGUGUUUGUUCUAGGGAUAGUGUUUGUUCUAGGGAUAGUGUUUGUUCUAGGGAUAGUGUUUGUUCUAGGGAUAGUGUUUGUUCUAGGGAUAGUGUUUGUUCUAGGGCUAGUGUUUGUUCUAGGGAUAGUGUUUGUUCUAGGGAUAGUGUUUGUUCUAGGGAUAGUGUUUGUUCUAGGACUAGUGUUUGUUCUAGGGAUAGUGUUCUAGGGCUAGUGUUUGUUCUAGGGCUAGUGUUUGUUCUAGGGAUAGUGUUUGUUCUAGGGAUAGUGUUUUUUCUAGGGAUAGUGUUUGUUCUAGGGAUAGUGUUUGUUCUAGGACUAGUGUUUGUUCUAGGGAUAGUGUUCUAGGGAUAGUGUUUGUUCUAGGGAUAGUGUUUGUUCUAGGGAUAGUGUUUGUUCUAGGGAUAGUGUUUGUUCUAGGGUUAGUGUUUGUUCUAGGGCUAGUGUUUGUUCUAGGGAUAGUGUUUGUUCUAGGGAUAGUGUUUGUUCUAGGGAUAGUGUUUGUUCUAGGACUAGUGUUUGUUCUAGGGCUAGUGUUUGUUCUAGGGCUAGUGUUUGUUCUAGGACUAGUGUUUGUGUCUGUUGAUGGGGAGGAGUCACACUCUAAUUAUCUAGUGUGUCUGUGUUUGUCUGUUGACGGGGAGGAGUCACACUCUAAUUAUCUAGUGUGUCUGUGUUUGUGUCUGUUGACGGGGAGGAGUCACACUCUAAUUAUCUAGUGUGUCUGUGUUUGUGUCUGCGUCUGUCUCUCAUUAACAUGUUCUCUCUCUCCUUUCUCCAGCCUGUCCUACAGUAAGAAUGGAGUGAUCCGUGUGGACGGCUUCUCCACUCCAGACCAGUUUGACGAGGAGGCUCUGUCCCUCUGGGCUCCUGAUGUGGAUGAGGAGAAAGAGGUGGACCCAGACUCCUCCAAGUACAUCCUGUCAUAUAUAGGAGAUAAGUUCUGUCAGAUGGUCACCACUGAGAACACUGCUGCUACAUGGAUCAAAAAAGAUGGUAGGGACAGGAGCGCAGAUAUGUGUUGUUGUUGCUGUUAGUCUUAAAGGCAGGGAUCACAGAGACAUCCUCUCUGUUUGUCUCUGUGAUCCCUGCCUUUAAGACUAACAGAGAGAAUGUCUCUGUGAUCCCUGCCUUUAAGACUAACAGAGAGAAAGUCUUAAAGGCAGGGAUCACAGAGACAUCCUCUCUGUUUGUCUCUGUGAUCCCUGCCUUUAAGACUAACAGAGAGAAUGUCUCUGUGAUCCCUGCCUUUAAGACUAACAGAGAGAAAGUCUUAAAGGCAGGGAUCACAGAGACAUCCUCUCUGUUUGUCUCUGUGAUCCCUGCCUUUAAGACUAGCAGAGAGGAUGUCUCUGUGAUCCCUGCCUUUAAGACUAACAGAGAGGAUGUCUCUGUGAUCCCUGCCUUUAAGACUAACAGAGAGAAUGUCUCUGUGAUCCCUGCCUUUAAGACUUUCUCUCUGUUAGUCUUAAAGGCAGGGAUCACAGAGACAUUCUCUCUGUUAGUCUGACUGUGUUACUGUUGAAAGCUAACUAUUAUCUGAGCUGUAGAACAACUAAAGCUUGUAUUGUGUCUGUUAUUGUAACUAUGUUAGAGCACUCUGAGGCCAGACUAGUUGAUAAAGCAGAUGUGUUCUGUCAUAAUGCCUCUGCCUGGUCUGGAACUGCUCUGCUGUCAUCUGCCUGUUCUGUUGACCCCAUCCUCCCUGUGUGUGUCUGCUUUGCCCUGCAGCCAAGAUGGCCUGGAAGAGGGCUGUGAGAGGGGUCAGGGAGAUGUGUGACGCAUGUGAAGCCACCUUGUUUAACAUUCACUGGGUCUGCCAGAAAUGUGGCUUUGUGGUUUGUCUGGACUGUUACAAGGCAAAGGAGAGGAAGAGCUCCAAAGGUCAGUCAUCAUUUAGGAUUUUAACAUUUUAACCUCUUCCUUUCCACCUCGUAGUAGAGGAUACAGGUUUCUCUCCAUCUCUCUGUCUCUUUCUCUCUGUCUCUUUCUCUCUGUCUCUUUCUCUCUGUCUCUUUCUCUCUCUCUCUCUCUCUCUCCUCUCUCUCCUCUCUCUCCUCUCUCUCUCUCUCUCUCUCUCUCUCUCUCCCUCUCCCCCCUCUCUCUCUCCCUCUCUCCCUCUCUCUCUCCCUCUCUCUCCCCCUCUCUCUCCCUCUCCCUCUCCCUCCCUCUCUCUCUCUCUCUCCCCCUCCCUCCCCCUCUCUCUCUCUCUCCCCCUCCCUCCCCCCCCUCCCCCUCUCUCUCUCUCUCUCUCUCUCCCCCUCCCUCCCCUACCCCCUCCCUCUCCCCCUCCCCCCUCUCCCCCCUCCGCCCCUCCUCUCCCUCUCUCUCUCUCCCCCCCUCCCUCCUCUCCCUCUCCCCCUCCCCUCCCCCUCCUCUCUAUCUCAUCCUCUCUCCCUCUCUCUCUCUCAUCCUCUCUCCCUCUCUCUCUCCCCCCUCCCUCUCUCUCUCCCUCUCUCCCUCUCUAUCUCCCUCUCUCCCCUCAGUUUCCUCCUCUCCUCUCUAUCCGAGGUGGGGGUCUGGUUGA